AUGUUUUACUUGGGUUGUUCUCAAGUAUUGUAUGAUUAUUAUCAUCAACAUUUGAUUAAAUUAGGCUGUGUUGCUGUCGGCGUCUUAUUUCUACAAAUGUUUACAAUUGUCUUAUUAUUUUGGCUAAUAAAACGUUUACAAAGACAAACGAUUCAUUCAACAUCAUCUAUCGUAGUCAAUAAACAUCAUCUAUCUCAAGAUUUCUCCUAUAUUCCAAUACAACAAGAUUAUCUGCAUUAUGUUCCGUAUUUGUUGCCAACAAGAAUAGACUACGUGCAUGCCAGUUUAAUCGAAGUUUAUUAUCUAUUAAUUCAUCCAUUCACUACGAUGUUUAUUGAAGAUCACGAUGCUUUAAGACAGUGGCUCGUAUCAACCGUAGAACCACUUUGUGAUGCUGAACCAAUCGCGUUAGCCUGUUAUGUGUUAGCACUAAUUGGAAAAGAUAAACCGUUGGAUAAAUUAAAAGAAAAUUGUAUAGACCGUUUAGAAGUAUUUUUAGAUAAAGUUACAAAGGAAUUUGUUGAUCAAUUAUUCGAUGUGAUUAAAAGUGGAAAAUAUAUUCCAGAAGCAAAAGACGAAAAUAUUCAAUCUUCAAUAUCAAUUGAUAAAGCGGAUCAUCAAAAAGCAGAUAAAAUCGAAGAAUUAUCGACUGUUGAGCGAUCAUCAACAUCCAAAUCUCAUGAUCAACAACGACUUUCACUACCAAAUGAAUUGACUACUGAUCAAUCUUCGUCAUUUGUGACAGACGAUUCACAACAAGCAACAGUUUUAACUACACCACAACAGUCACAAAAUAGUCAAUUAUACAAAAGAAGUCAUCCGUCUGGCUCUGAUCGUCAUGGCUAUUCACCGUCUCGUCGUCGUACAACUGAGAUUUCAUCAUCGCGUGACUUUCAUUCAUCGUCAUCUUUGUCACGUCGGCGAUUUCUCUCACCCUCAUCCGGUCAACAACGUCAACGUUCACUUUCUCGUAGUCUUUCACCUCGUUCACCACCACCAAAACGUACACAACGAUCAUAUUCUCGUGGUACAUCUACAAGUUCAUCGACUCGAUCAACACAUACACCACCAGCACCAUCGUCAUCAACAGCCACAAAUUUUCUUUACAAAAAAAUUCCUUGUCAAGACUUUUUUGAAAAUAAAGGUUAUUGUGCAUUGGGCGAUGCGUGCCCAUACGAUCAUGGUACCAAUGCUGUUAUAAUUGAAACACCCACACAAUCUAAUCAACCGGGAACGUCAUUUUAUGCACCAUUUCCACCACCACCUUAUCGUAUGCAACAACAUUAUGAACAGUACGAUCCACAAACACCCAAUCUCCAUGUCAAACAUCCGCCACCACCACCAGUUCCACUUUAUUUGAGAAAUCCUCAACAGACAGCAAAUCGAAUGUUGGGACCUCCUUUACCUCCACAACAACAAAAUCAACAACGAGAACGAUCAUUAGUGACUGUGGUGACAAAUGCUGAACCGAUGCCAUUGGAACAACGAGGAAGACAUGUUGUUAUACCAAGUGGACAGGAUUCAAAACGCCAAAUAAUUACUGGUCCAUAUACAGAACGACGAGGUGAUCAUCAUCCUCCAUCGCAUCAAGGUUCUCGAAAUGAUUCAUUUAAUAGAGACAAUCAACAGCAACAACAACAAAACAACCAAAAUGGUGGCGGUUUUCAGCGCGGAUGGAAAAGACGUCUCACAGGUAACGAUGGGAAUCAUUCGAAUCCAGUAACCUUAGAAAUUCGUAAAAUUCCACCAGAACUCAAUACGAUAACAAAAUUAAAUGAACAUUUUAGUAGAUUUGGCAAUGUGAGCAAUGUACAAAUUGCUUAUGAUGGCGCACCUGACGCUGCUUUGAUAGCAUAUCAAACAUUACAAGAAGCAGAAUCCGCCUACAAAAAUUCACAGCCACUAUUCAAUAAUCGAUUUAUCAAAAUAUUUUGGCAUAAUCCAGUUAAUAAAAAUCCACAAGAUGGUUCCCGUAUUCAACAAUCUUCAGAUGCACCUCCAUCUAAACAUCAAAUGACAACAAUAACAUCUUCGGGAAUGGAAAAUCCAAUGAAAACAAGAUGGAAUAAAUUUCAACGACAACAAACAACAAAAUUAACUGUACAACAAGAUAAAGAAGAACAAUCGGUAGGUUGGUUGGAAACUACAAAUAAACAUCACCAUGUGCCCGAUUAUCAACUGGCCGAAAUCGGGGCUCUCGAGAAAAUGCGUAUAGGUCCUGUAUCGUAA